AUGUCAGUUUCAUCGGAAAUGGAAUCGGAUUUGCUAUCAAAGGUUCAAACACCAGUGGCAGAUUAUGAGAAAGAUUUACUUACGGACGGCCCAAUAGCUACCGGUUAUGAAAAUUAUGUGAGAAACUGUUUUCGGUCUGGUGCUAAGCUACCGUCUACGUUAACUGCUGCUGAUCAAGGUGUUAGUGCAACAAGAAUGCUUAAGAUGCAAGAAAGUUUUGGUCCAUCAGCUCUUGAUGAUACAUAUGACGAUGAAAUAUUAAAAGAUCCACUGGAAGCAUUGUAUGCCGAAAUGGGUUUAAGUAAUCUUAGUGGUACACCCAGAAGCAGUAGCAGCAGUUAUCGGCAUUUUCCGGUCUAUACACCAAAGCAGUCAAGCGAAUAUUAUUCAGCGUUAUAUAGCCGAGGAAAAGUUGAUGACAAUAGUUCACUUUAUCCCAUACGAAGAAGUUUAAAAACAGAGAAAGAACUUGCGGACGAAGAAUGGCGUAAAAAUAACAGGCAAAUGCUCAUCGACUAUAAGGAUUUUGACAGUCCGCGACUGUCACCAUAUAUGUAUCAAGAACAUCCAUAUGUUCGAAUGCAGGAUUCCAGGAUUGUUGGUUCAAAUUUUGUACAAAUAACAUCAAGGCCAAAGGAUAAUUUUUUGGAGAAAAUAGAUCGAACAUUAGCUGAGGUAAGAGCGAUGCCCAGAUUUUGA